AUGGCGGUGAGCUGGACCGCCCCACCCCCCGCCAAAAGCGUGCUGGUGUUCAGGAAUGGCGACCCGUUCCACGCGGGCCGGAGGCUCCUCGUCCGCCAGCGGCAGGGGGCCACGCUGGAGGCCUUCCUCAACGAGGUCACCGAGGUCAUCGGGGCGCCCGCUGCCGUGAGGACCCUGCACACACCCCGGCACGGGCACCGUGUGCGAGACUUGAAGGAGCUGCAGUCUGGGGCGCAGUACGUCGCUGCCGGAUUCGAGAGGUUCAAGAAGCUCGACUACCUGAGCUCAGGGCCCAGGAGAGCCGCUGCUUUCCGCGGAGACGCUUUCCAGAACCUACAACCAACAGAGAGACUGAAUGUCCAACUGCCGUCUGGAAAGUGGAGCAAGACUGAACCCCUGCCCUGCGUCAUACAUGUGUUCCGGAACGGUGACGUACUGACCGCCCCGCUGCGGUUCAUCCUCCCCAGGAGCCUACAGAGGGACCUGGAGCAGGUACUGCGCCUCGUGUCGGAGAGGGCGGGUCUGCUGACUGGUGCCGUGCGCAGGCUUUGUACGCUGGAGGGCAGGACUGUGGCCUCAGUGGAGCAGCUGCGCAGCGGUCAAUAUUAUGUUGCCGUGGGAACAGAAAAGUUCAAGAAGCUCCCGUAUGUGGAGCUGCUGAUCUCAAACGCAACGGAGGCAGGGCCCAGGAAUGAGGCCAGAAACAGGCGACUCCCCAAACACCCGCAUCAGACCAGGAAGCCACUCAGUGUCCCUCAGGACAGGUUCAGCGAUUCAGCCUUGGUGGCCUCCCCAGAGGCUGACGGACGCAGAGUCAGGUCCACGGGGGACGAGGCAGUGGGUGCGACGCCCCCCCCGGGAAGGGGUGCCAAACAGGAGGAGUCGCUCUUCUACUCCAGGCCUGUGGGAGUUCGCAAGGGCAGAGCGGGAAACAGGCCCCCGGGGGGCAACAGAGCCCAGAGUGAUGUGUUCAAAGGGAAGGUGAGGAAGAAGAGGAAAGAGAUGCAGGGAGCCCAAGAGGUGGCAGAGGAUGAAGACACAGCUGUGGAACUUCCUGUUGACCAGAGAGCUGCAGACACUGUGGAGGACGAAGCCAUCAGUGAGACGCCCCGAGAGCACCAGUCACGGGUGACCACCGGAGGCUGGAGAGACGGGACCCCCCCACAGCUCGGUCUGACACCUGAGGGGGAGGGGCGAGGUGCUGCAGGUUUUAGGUCUCCAUGGCAACUGGAGGAGCCGAACUGCGUGGGGUCGAGACCCGCAUCGCGAACCUCGACUCAACACUCAAGCUUGGGUUCGACAGCCCGGCAUCCUGCAUAAGAGGAAGAGCUCUCGGGUGUGAUGCCAUACGA